GGAGAGAGAGAGACGCAGCCGCCGGCAGCAGCGGAGGGGGCAUCGCCCGGCACGGCCGCCGCCGCCGUCGUCCCACCUCGGGGACACCCUUCCUAUGGGACGACAAGUGAAGGGCUGCCGCCGCCCGCUGCCCGGCCCGCCCCGAGCCUCGGCGCCUCGGCGCGGCAGCGGCAGCUGCUGAAACCUGUGCGUGCCACUUGCACAACUUCGCCGGCUCCUCCGAGCAUCCAUCCUCCCCGCCCGGGGCUCCGGGGGCUCGUUCCUCCGUUUUCUGCCUUUUCGUCUCCGCCUUUUUGGAAGCGGGGGUGACCGAAGUGCUUUGCUUUUUUUUUUUUUUUUUUUUUUUUUUUCCUCCUUUAAUUGCUACCGUUAUUAUUCUCCUACAAGACUUUGCCCUUCUGCGGGAGGGAGGUGGUUUCCUGAUCUGAAGUGUAAAGAAAAGUCAGUGGGAUUCCCCUCCUUCUCCCCCCCCACCCCCCUCCCAAGCCCCCCCUUUUUUGGGUGCAUUCACACGCUCCCUCAGGCAUGAUGCUCAAGAUGCUGCCGUUUAAGCUGCUGCUGGUGGCCGUGGUUCUGUGCUUCUUCGAGGGGGAUGCCAAGUUUGGGGAGAGCGGCGCCCGGAGGAGAAGGUGCCUUAACGGGACCCCGCCGAGGCGGCUGAAGAAGCGCGACCGGCGGGUGCUGUCCCCGGAGGCCCCGGCCGGCGGGGAGGCGAUGUGCCGCGGCCUCUACCCCCGCCUGUCCUGCUGCUCCCGCACGGAGGCAGCGGGGCUGCUGCACGCCGAGACGAAGAUACUUUCUGUUACCAACAACACAGAAUGUGCGAAGCUACUGGAGGAAAUCAAAUGUGCACACUGCUCACCUCAUGCUCAGCAUCUAUUCCACUCAACUGAGAAAGGGGAAACACCUGAAAGAGAACUAACUCUUCCCUACCUGUGCAAAGACUAUUGUAAAGAAUUCUAUUAUACUUGCAGAAGUCACAUACCAGGUUUUCUCCAAACUACAGCUGAUGAGUUUUGCUUUUACUAUGCAAGAAAAGAUGGUGGUGUAUGCUUUCCAGAUUUUCCAAGGAAACAAGUGCGAGGGCCAGCUUCUAACUCCCUGGAUCACGUGGAAGAAUAUGACAAAGAGGAAGAGAUCAGCAGAAAACACAAGCACAGCUGCUUCUGUAUUCAAGAGGUUGUGAGUGGCCUAAGGCAGCCUGUGGGAGCUGUACAUUGUGGGGAUGGAUCCCAUCGCCUCUUUAUCCUUGAGAAAGAAGGAUAUGUGAAGAUUUUCAGCCCUGAAGGAGACAUACUCAAGGAACCUUUUUUGGAUAUACACAAGCUUGUUCAAAGUGGAAUAAAGGGAGGAGAUGAAAGAGGACUGUUAAGCCUUGCAUUCCAUCCCAAUUACAAGAAAAAUGGAAAGCUGUAUGUGUCUUAUACCACCAACCAAGAACGGUGGGCUAUUGGACCUCAUGACCACAUCCUUAGGGUUGUAGAAUACACAGUAUCCAGGAAAAAUCCACACCAAGUUGAUAUGAGAACAGCAAGGGUGUUUUUAGAAGUAGCAGAACUGCAUCGAAAACACCUAGGAGGACAGCUUCUAUUUGGCCCAGAUGGUUUCCUAUACAUUUUUCUUGGAGAUGGCAUGAUCACUCUAGAUGAUAUGGAGGAGAUGGAUGGUUUAAGUGAUUUUACAGGUUCUGUAUUGCGCCUUGAUGUAAAUACUGACCUGUGCAAUGUCCCUUACUCCAUACCAUGGAGCAACCCACAUUUUAAUAGCACAAACCAACCUCCUGAGAUAUUUGCACAUGGACUUCACAAUCCAGGCCGAUGUGCUGUGGACCGACACCCAACAGAUGUAAAUAUCAAUUUAACUAUACUUUGCUCAGAUUCAAAUGGAAAGAACAGAUCUUCAGCAAGAAUCUUACAAAUAAUAAAGGGUAAAGACUAUGAAAGCGAGCCAUCACUUUUAGAAUUUAAACCAUUCAGCAGUGGAUCCCUGGUUGGUGGAUUUGUCUAUCGAGGCUGCCAGUCUGAAAGGCUCUAUGGAAGUUAUGUCUUUGGAGACCGCAAUGGAAAUUUUUUAACACUGCAACAGAAUCCUGCAACCAAACAGUGGCAAGAAAAACCCCUCUGUCUUGGCAACACUGGUUCAUGUAGAGGUUUCUUUUCAGGCCCUGUCUUGGGAUUUGGUGAAGAUGAAUUAGGUGAGAUUUACAUAUUAUCAAGCAGCAAAACUAUGACACAGCCUCACAGCGGGAAACUCUACAAGAUCAUUGACCCAAAAAGGCCUUUAAUCCCUGAAGAAUGCAAAAGAACAGCUCAACCUGCACAGAUACUGACAUCUGAAUGCUCAAGGCACUGUCGGAAUGGGCACUGCACUCCCACAGGAAAAUGCUGCUGUAACCAAGGCUGGGAAGGAGAGUUCUGCAGAACUGCAAAAUGUGACCCAGCCUGUCGACAUGGAGGUGUCUGUGUAAGGCCUAAUAAAUGCUUAUGUAAAAAAGGCUAUCUUGGCCCCCAGUGUGAACAAGUGGAUAGAAACAUCCGAAGAGUGACAAGGGCAGGUAUUCUUGAUCAGAUCCUAGACAUGACAUCCUAUUUGCUGGAUCUAACCAGCUAUAUUGUAUAGUUUCUGGGACUAUUUGGAAGCUACACUUUCAACGGGCAUUUGUUUUGAACCCUGUCAUUUUUAGAAGACUGUUAUCCUGCAACAAAUACCAGUGAUUUGAUUUGCUUUAUUAAUUUAAGUACAAAAUCCAUAAAUGUCCAGACAAAUUCUCUCUAUGUGUGUAAAUAUUUCUGUCUGUCUCCACAGACGUAGAGAUACCCCAUACGUGCACACAUACCCUCGCACGCACUUAUCACAAACAUGGUUUUACAGCUAGUGGAAUUUUUUUUUUCUAUUUAUUUCUUCAUGAGAAAUAGUUUACAAAGCAAUUCCACUGUAAAACACAUUUUCGUCAAAGGACUUUUCUGAUGUCUUAAUGGAUUCUUUGACACCCCAGAAAUCUCCUGCCUGUACCUAUCUGAUCAUAGCAACAAGAGAGCAGAUUUUAAACAUGGCUGAAUAAACUGCUGGACUUUAUAAAAUCCAGUUGUAACAGAUCCUAAGGUGAAUUGAACUACAUCAUGAGACAAUAUUUGACAACUCCUUAAUGCAUUCCUAUCUAGGCAAUUCAUUGUAAGACUGUAACCUUCACCUUUGUCAAUGUAACUCUAUUACAGAAUGUUAAGCAUUUCUUUAUCUAGCAUAGAUGCAAAAAUCUGGUUAUCGCAGCUUAAUAUCAAGAUUGUUUCAAGUGUUUAAUAAUUAAAUUAUAUUCACAUAUUUCAAAACCAGUCAUCCUAGAAGGUCUGCUUUUUAUCAUAUAUUUUAUUUAACAAUGGGCACUGGGUUCAUGUUACAUAUUUAUAUUAUUUUAUUUUUAUAAUAUAGACAUCACCUAGAUGAGACAGCUUUACCAUGUCCUGUAAAAUACUAGUUACAUUUUUCACCAUCUUUAUUGGAAAGACGGAGAAAGAGAGAGCAAACACACUCUUUAAUGUGUUGUGGAUCUAAUCUAGAAAUGUAUCCUUGUGUCAGCUUGUAUUAAUUUACAAUGGAUGAAAAAACACAACUGCCAACCAAUCAUAAUAAAAUUCCAGCGUAUGUUAAAAGUGUUCAUAAAGUGAUUUUCACUGUAACAGGGCGGGCCAGAUAAGACACAAGUAGACUGCUGCUGAUUUCACACUGAACAGAACCUCCCUGGACGAGAGCUCACGUGAGCACGUGUUGGCUGUACAAGAUGUCACUUGUACAAAACAUAAAAAGAUUCUCACCAAAGGUGGUUCUAAACGUCAAUGUUCCUUGAAGAGCUAACAUAAGAUUGAGUCUUAUGUAAAUGUAUCAAUAAAUAUGGUGUACAUGCUAUAGUCAGGUUCUCUAAAGUAUUAAUAGUCUAAUUAGAUACAUCUUCAGAACUGAUGCCCCCUUAUCUCUAGGGUGUUACUGGCAGUUUCUUUGCUUACUACCUACUGACUAUCGGAUUUUCUUUGCACUACCUGGCUUUUAUAAAAUCUUGGCUAUGAAAAGAAAGAAGAACAGCCACAGUGUGCACAUCCUAUGGUUCUUAGAAGCAGCUGCUCAUGCUUCAAUGUUUUACAACACUUUUUGGCAAUAAGAUCUAAAAGACUUUGGCUAUAUUACUCUCCAGUAGCAAAAUCACCUCUCCAGGGCAGUGACACGCAACAGAUUUUCCUUUCUAUAAAGUUGUCAGUCUUGAGUUAGUAAGUAUUAAAUCUGAAAGUACAACAUGGCUGAUACUUCCAUUUCUCUGUCUUACGCAUUCCAGCUCAGAGGGGAUAGAAAAUGACAUUUGCCUUCCAUAUAUGUUUGCCUGUCUUCUGACUGACCUCACGCCAAAUGGAAAUUGGUUGAGAAGCCUUGGUUAAGUGCUCGGUGAACAAUGCUCUGCAUUAAAAAGUGCAUGCAUAAUUUUGCACAAAGUAGAUUCAAGUGCCAGUCCAUUGAAAGACGUCUCAGGAUUAAAUGAGCAUGAAGACCAAAUUGCCCUCUCACCCCAGAAAAGGGUGGUCCCUUCUGGUCACACGAACACUCCAUUGGCUCAGCAGUGUGACCAAUCUGAAAAUGAACCCUACGGUAGCAUCUGUAGGUUAAUAGCAGCUCUUUGUCUCUGCUGCUUUCUGCCUUUCGUCUUUUCCCUGAAUUCCAUCACAAAAAGUUUUACAAUUAAAAAAAUGUCCUGACAACCAGUUUUGUAAAUUGACCUUAGCAUCUAAUCUUCCCUUAUUCAACAUGGGUGACAAAAAUGUGAACUUCUCAUGAAUGAGCCAGCUGGCUAAAUCUGUCACAUAGCACAGUUUUAUUACACUCUUCAUAACUGGCAAAGCAAGAAAAGUCGAUGAAGUAUUUUAGCAGCAUUUAAAUAUCUGACAGAGAUAACGUCUUUAACACUUUCUUUAAUUAUAUAUAUUUUAAAGCAAAACCAACUUUAACUCCACUGUGAUGCAUUAUUUUCAACAACCAGCUGGGGAGAUGUGAUAGUUUUUUUUUCCUCACUGACUAAAAAGACUUUAAAUAUACCAAGGAUGGUAUAUAAACUGAAGAUCCCCAGUAUAUGCCAAGGAUAUGUAGAGAAGGGAUAGGAAUGAUCUUAAAGUUUUGUUCUUUAUAAUAAAGACAAUUUAGUUUACUAGUGAAAUCAGAAAAUAAAACUCCAGUAAAAGCUGCAUGAAUAAUUGAAUACAGGUCUCAUUCAACUCUAUGGUAAAAAACUCGUAUCAGC